AUGGUCUCUUGCUGCCAGACAUAUUCCCAGCUGCAGGUGACCACGGCGCCCUCCUCCACGGCCCGCGUGGGCUCGGGGGCCCUGCUGCAGUGCUGGUUCGAUGUUGGGGAGUGGGUGGCCCUGGACUCCCUGUGGGUGACGUGGUAUUUCUUGGAGCAAGAGGUGGCCUGGUACGAGCAGGGCAGGAGCCAGACCCUGCCCAAAGCCCAUCUGCUUUUGGAAAAGGAACUGGAGGGUGGAGAUGCCUCCCUGUCCCUGGCUGCAGUGACAGUGCCUGACAGGGGCUUGUACUGGUGUGUUGUUGGGUACAGGGUGCAGCAGCACCAUGGGGAGACCAUCCUGCACCUGCUCGGUGCCAAGGUCCAGGUGACCACAGUGCCCUCCUCCUGGGCCCGCGUGGGCUCAGGGGUCCUUCUGCAUUGCCGGUUCACUGUUGAGGGGCCAGUGGCCCUGGACUCCCUGCGGGUGCAGUGGUAUUUAGGGGAGGUGAAGGUGGCCUGGUAUGACCGGGGCAGGAGCCAGGCCCAGUCCGGAGCCAGCCUGCCAUCAGAGAACGAGCUGCAAAGUGGAGAUGCCUCCCUGUCACUGGCCACGGUGACCACUUUGGACACGGGCAUGUACAAGUGUAUCGUGUGGUACAGGAAACAUCAGCACCAGGGAAAGACCCGACUGCAGCUGCUCGUUGGCCCAACAAUCUCCAUCCCAAGACCACAAGCUGUGGCCGGUAAGGAAACCUCGCUCCUGUGCCACGUGGCAGGAUUCUUCCCCAUGGAUGUGGACGUGGUGUGGCUGAGAGAUGGGCAGGUCCAGAAGGGCUUCAUUCACUCCAGCCCCCAAAGGAAACUGGAUGGGACCUUCAUCUUCACCUUGACCUACACCUUCACCCCUAACCUCCAUGACAGUGGCAGCAUCUUCUCCUGCCGCGUCUACCAUGAGGUUCUGGGGCAGUCACUGCAGGAGGACGUCUCCCUGGACAUCCUAGCUGCCCCAACCAUCUCCAUCCCAAGACAGCCAGCCAUGGUGGACAACAAGACCUCUCUCCUGUGCCAAGUGGGGGGCUUCUUCCCCGAGGAUGUGGACGUGGCAUGGCUGAGAGAUGGGCAGGUCCUGGAGGGCUCCACCCGCUCCAGCCUCCAGAGGAACCCAGACAGGACCUUCACUCUCACCCUCACACACACUUUCACCCCCACCCGCAGUGAUGUCAGCAGCAUCUUCUCCUGCCGCAUUCAACAUGCAGCUCUGGCACAGCCAUUGCAGGAGCAUGUCCUGCUGGUCAUCCUAGUACAGAGCACAGACGUGGAUCAAACCAGAACACUGAUCAUAGCCAUCAUAAUCAUAGCAGGAACCGUGGUCAUCAUAAUCAUUUCCCGCCAUAUAAAUAGGAGCAAAGGCUGGGCAGUCCCAUACUCCAUCUCGGAUGUGGCUGGGCCAGAGCGGUGCUUGCUGGGCCAGGAGGUGACCCUGCACUGCUCCAGGGAGGAGACGUUCCCUGAGGAUGUCACCAUCAAGUGGGAGUGGAUCCACAGUGAGGAAAGGACCGUGCCUGAGAGCAACCAGCCACAGUCCCCAUCCGCUCCCAGGGGAUGCAGAGUGACAGAGGAGAGAGCAGAGACCUGUCUCACAUCCUUCCUGACCUUCACCCCCACAGUGCAGGACGACGGGGUGAGGGUCCAGUGCUGCUUUGUCCAUGAGGCCAAGCGGAUCAGAGAGGAGCGAGUGUCACCAGAGAUCCGGGUGAGGGCCCGGCCGCAGGUGUCUGAGAUCCAGGUGUUGCCAGAGUGGGACCCCCGCGACAAGGUGCCGUUUGCUGUCCAGCUCCACAACUUCUACCCCAGGGAGGUGCCCCCGAUCCAGUGGGGCUGGGACGGGGCCGGGAGCUGGGGGGAAGACCCCGCGCUGAUAGACAAGAAUGCAGACGGCACGUUCACUGCAACGAGCAUCUGGAGAGUGCCCAGCCGGAGCCUGACCCGACCGGAGCUGUGAGUGCGAGUGUGCGUCCAGCACGGCCCCGGAGAGCCCCCGAGCGAGAGAGAGCUCAGCCUGAGGGCC